AUGGGACGGAGUGGUCUAGCGGUCAACAAGUACAGCUACGACAGGUGCGUCAUCAACGCCCUCCUGGGUAAGGGUGAUGACGAAACAGCCAUGAUCCUCAACUGCUCCACCCCCGAAUCCCGGAAGUCCUUCACCUUGCUCAUCUUUGACUUCCAGCCCGUCCCCGGGAUCUCAGACUUCAGGGUGGGGGAGGACUACUACUUUAUAUCUACUUCCGGUGGGUCUAAAAAUAGCAUGGACAACCAGUACGAGGGGGCGUGUAUGAGGAGCCACAUGAAGAUGGUUAUCAAGGUCAGGGCAAAGACAACGGAAGGUCGAGCUGACACCAAUAACCAAAACACGAACGUUAUUCAAGAAAUGGUAACAACGAAACCACCUACCGAGCCGUCACCCUCAACUACGACCACAACGACAACCACCACUACAACAACUGUAACGGAGAAACCAACCACACCAACACCAUACAAUAAUAAACCUACUGUUAAAGGAAACGUUGAUGAUCCGAUGCCUGGGUCAGAUGGUUUUCCUGCUGAUGAGAUGGUGAUAAAAGCAGGCGACAAUUCCCAAAUGAACUCAAAAGUUAUAGGAGAUGGGGACGGUAUAGAAAAUUCUGGGCUGUCCUUACACAACGGACAGAUAUCUUUAUUUUCUUUCAGCUGUGCUUUAGUCUCCAGCCUGUUAGCGUCAUUGUUGCUGCUUGUUCGGUAGUAUUGAUACGCUGUGCGCUGUAUGUUGAUGUGAAGGUGAAAGUGUUUGAUAUCAUUCUCAACUGUUUGACUGGAUGAAGAGCUGUAUGCGAACGAUGCCAGAUGGCGCUAGUUGAAUCCUAUUCCAUUUUUGUUGAUCACAUGACUUGGAUGGUUCUAUCAUGCUGUUUAAAAAAAACCUUCUGUUUAGUAUUCAUUCCAAUUUAUGUACAAUGUAUUUGUAAAAAAAAAAAAAGUUUUAUCCACAUGUGGUUUAUGAAACAGGAAAGUGAAAAAUGGUUUAAAGUAUAAAAAAUUAGAUUUGAAAACUAGAAAAAAAAUGUUUAAAUAUUAGCAACUUUUUUUUUUUACAUUUUGUUUGGAUUUAAAUUUUACUUUUGCCCGUUAUAUUUUUUUAAUAGCUGAAACAUGUCUGUUCUAUGGAAUAUUAAAUAGAGGAGGGAAAAAAACUACUUUUUUUAAUCAAGUAUGGAAUUGAUCAUUUCAAUAUAUUCUGGUGUUGUUAAAUUAAGCAUUAAGGCUUUUUUUUUAAAUUCUAAAUUGAAGGGGAAAAAAUUUAAUUUAUUACUACUACAAAACAUUAUUUACUUCUAAUAUUCAGGUUAAAUAAUAACAAUAAUGCAUAAUUGUUAACUGACAAUUCAGUUAAAAUCAAUUCUAAAUAUGCCAUACUAAUUCUAAAAGG